AUGGCGUCCCAGAACAGCACACAUGUGAUGAGCAAUCGCGAGUUUGAGACAUUUAUGAAAAACCGUAAACUCGAAGCAUACAAGGCGUGUGACCCGCUUGUCCAAGAAUUUGUGGCCUGCUCGCGCAACCGCGUCUUCUCCGUACUGUGGGCCUGCAGUGAACAAAGCAAGCGCAUGAAGGACUGCAUUAGAUCCUUUGCGGAAGAAAAGUCCGUUAUGGCUGCGGGGGAAGAAUACCUGCGAACGCAUCGACGACAGGUGUAG